AGUGCAUGUAUAUGCAUGCUAACAAAGCUCUUUUUUUCUCUCUGUCUCACUUUUUUUUUAGCAAAGAAAGAUCAGGAUGGAGGAGAGGAUAAAGUAGCUCAAAAGAAGAAAGUGAAGGAGCUGAAAGUUCUCGAUUCCAAAUCGUCCCAGAACCUCUCUAUUUUCCUGGGCUCAAACAGACUGCCAUAUGAGGAGAUCAAAAAUGUAAUUCUGGAGGUGAAUGAGAAGGUGCUUACAGAGAACAUGGUGCAGAGUUUGCUGAAGCUGUUGCCUGAGGAGGAGCAGCUGAAGGUGUUAUCAGAGAUGAAGGAUGAAUAUGACGACCUCGCAGAGUCUGAACAGUUUGGAGUGGUGAUAAGUUCGGUGAAGCGUCUGAAGCCGCGGCUCAGUGCCAUCUUGUUUCGGCUGCAGUUUGAAGAGCAGAUAAAUAACGUGAAGCCAGACAUUGUGGCUGUGACUGCAGCGUGCGAGGAGCUGGUCAAGAGCAAUAACUUUUCCCAGCUCCUUCAGAUCAUCCUGCUUGUAGGCAACUACAUGAAUGCCGGCUCACGCAAUGCCAAGGCCUUUGGCUUCAGCAUCAGCUACCUGUGCAAGCUCAGAGACACCAAGUCCACAGAUCAGAAGCAGACCCUCUUGCAUUUCCUGGCAGACAUGUGUCAGGAGGAGCAUCCCAACAUCAUGCACUUCCCUGAGGAGCUUAUUCACCUGGAGAAAGCCAGCAGAGUCUCAGCAGAGACACUCCAGAAAAAUCUGGAUCAGAUGGGGAAGCAGAUCAAGGAUCUGGAAAAGGACAUCGAGACUUUCCCUCCUCCCCAAAAUGAAAAGGACAAGUUUGUCGAGAAAAUGACUAGUUUUGUGGCGACUGCGCGAGAGCAUUUUGAGAAGCUCCAGCUGAUGCACAUCAACAUGGAGAAGCAGUAUGAAGACCUAGGCAAAUACUUUGUGUUUGACCCCAAGAAGAUCAGCCCCGAGGAGCUAUUCGGAGACCUCAACAACUUUAAGAACAUGUUCCAGCAAGCCGUGAUUGAGAAUCAGAAACGUAAGGAAGCAGAGGAAAAGAUGCGUAAGGCCAAACUUGCGAAAGAGAAAGCCGAGAAAGAGAAAGAGGAGAGACAGAAGAGAAUGAACGCUGGACACUCACUUAACAUCAAUGACGAUGGCGAUGAGACUGGUAUCAUGGAUGGCCUGUUGGAAGCGCUGCAAUCAGGAGCUGCUUUCAAAAGGAAGAGAGGACCACGGCAAGCAGGAAAUCGGAGAGGAGCUGGCCAUGCAGUGACAAACAUUCUUGCAAAAGAACUGCUUCAGGAAGACACCAAGGCUACAAAAAGCGUCAAAAAGACCCGAAUGGACAGUGAGAGCAAGAAGGCGGAGUCAGCAGAAGACACAGGUUCACUGGAGGAUCUCUUGGACGAUGCCCCACUACGGUCUAAUUAGGAACUUCCGGUACUGACCCUCCCUUUCCUGCUGAAGGAGUCAGGGGGUUGAACAUUGCUGGGGGCCAAAUGUGACGGCAGGGCUUUCUCUGACCCACACCCCAUAUAAGCCUUCAUGGCUUCCCAUUGGCCAAUUUUACUGUAGAGGAGGGGAUCUGUUGGCCCCGCCCCUAAUUGGAGUGCUACACUCAUACCUGCACUCAUCCACUGCCCUAUUUUCAUCACUUUUUUUCGUAUCUUAUUUUUACACUUCUUGAAGGUAAAAUCAGAUCAACCCAAAGAUCUGUUCUUAAACUUUGACACAUACCGGGUGUUACAUUCCAGGAUGUUUCUGCACUUAUAUUGAGUUUCUUUUGACUUUUAGUUGUUUUUCAGUACUUCGUAUCUACACGCAGAAAUUCAGUUUGUAGUUUUUUUUUUCUGGAGCCAAGUGUAACUACUAUGCAAAAUAUACUGUAUACAGAGUGUUAAAGAUAAAGUGAAUUUCCAUUACAUUAGCACAAGCAAAACAAAAAAGUGCCAACUGAUAGCUUAGAAAUGUACGUACCAGCAAACUGUUCAAUAAGAGUGUGCCUUUAAGUGGAGUGGAAACCAAACACAGGCAGGCAUGUUCUCAGACAGUUCAUUUGAGAGAGAGAGAGAGAGAGCGCGUGUGUGUGUGUGUGUGUGUGUGUGUGUGUGUGUGUGUGUGUGUGUGUGUGUGUGUUAUAUUGAAGGUCAGGUACCUCAUUGUGAGACUUUUUCCCCCAAUAUUUCUGCUGUUUUUGUUUUUUUUCCCUUUAGAAAGCUCUAUCUGCAUAUCUCAUAGCUAAAUCCAGAAUAGUGUCUCAUUAUAUCACCACAGUGAUGGACAGUGUGUGUGAGCAUUUACGCACUGCUCUGUAUAAUUACUACAGUGGAUAAACUGUCAUAAACAUCUCAAAAACAGUUCUGUUUUGUGUAUGUCUGAGAGCUAUGGAUAGGCAUGUACUGAAUUUCCCGCACACUUAGUCGCUGCUCAGAAAGUGCUGCAGUCUGCGCCUGUUAUCCUGUCCUUGUUUGAUUUAAGACAGAUUUUGACUUUUACUUGUGCCAGAUGAACAAACAGUUCAUUCCCUGCAUGCAGGGAAAUCUUUAGCUGUCAGCACAAAACAGAAUCAGUAGAAUAGUUCAGUUACUGCUCUCUCUGUUCUCAGAUACAUAGCUGAGUUUCAGUACUUCUGCUGGAAAUGAUCUCAAAUUUAGCGGAAUGUCACUUGCUGCGUCACUGCUCUUAAACAUAUAAUCAACUAUUUUACUGUUUGCUGGAGCAAUAUACACAUUUCACAUUUCAAGUUAGAUGUCUGUAAGGGUUUUUGAAAGACAUUUUUGUCCUGAAUGUACCGUGACAUCAUCAUAGGUCUUAAAACACUGUACACACGCUUAUUGACUGCAAGGCAUCCUGGAUGUUCUGCUGCAGUUAUUCGAAUAUGCAGCUGCUUGUUAGUUUUCUGUUUUAUCCUGAGAAGUCAUCUUCCAUAAAACAGUUUGUAUUGUAUGGGUGACUCUGUAGCAUGUGUGUAAGGAUGAUUUAGCAAUUAUAAAGCCUCUACACAUCGGCCGAGCCAUUUAGCUUGUGUGAAGUGCACUUUGCAAAUCAGUUGAGGAAGAUUUAGCCAUAGAACUGACUCUCACAAGCUCUCCUUUGUUUUCACUCACCUGGCAUUAAUACCAGGGAAUCAUUUGUGUAUAUGAACUCCAAGUCUUGUAGUCCAACAAAAGAAAUGGUGGAGAAAAAGUAGUUUUAAAUUCAUUUGCACCUUGCAGUUCAGAUUUCAAGAGACUUUGAUGCUUUGCAUUUGUAAAAUUUUGCAAAAUAGCAGAGAAAGGCUUCACUCUUAUACCAAUGUCAAAAUAAAUCCAUACAACAAAGUGAAAGCAUGGGCAGAGUUUUUCAGAGCCCUCUGGAAGCCACACGUCAGUUCUAACUUUAGGUCACUGAUGGCUGGAUUAGAGCCUCGCAUGGCAUUUACUGAACAUUCCAUUUACUGCACAUUCAAGUAUGGUAACUAAUUGAUUUAUGUACAUGCUGGAGAGCAUCAUUACAUCACUGGAUUGAGAAAAAUACAAUGCAUAGUCUUUUUUCCAUUUUAUGGACAGAUUUUCUAUAUAAAUUUUUAUUGAUUGUUUUAUUUUUAAGAUUAAUGUAAUUAGAAAUACAAUUGGUAAUGUGUGUGUAUAUUGAAUUAUCUUUAGAUAAAUGAAUGCUUUCAAUUCUGUUCAUCCCUUGCCAUUAAAAAAACCUUUAGUAGUA